AUGAAAGCACCCAUGGAUGCUCCACAGUCAAAUGGACCAGUAAGUGCCUUCACGCACAACGGCUCCAACACGUUUUUUGCAGAGUCUAUGCUAGCGUUCCGCUUAUCCUCUACAAAUGAGCUGAAUCAACUUUGGGGCCACGUAGUACCCAAAAAUAUCCGCAUGGAUGAUUCGGAAACAUCUAAUCACAAAUACGCAAUCUGUGGAAACUAG